CAAAAAAUAGAUUUGCUAAAUUUCCCUUUUUAUUUAUUCGAGGUUAUUACCAUGUUGCUUUGUUUCAUGCAAAAGGAGCUUAAAAUUUGGUUUAUGUCGUUUUAUGAAGAUCCCCAAAAAUCCUAUUUAAAUUUAGUUGUCUUCUUCCGGCGUGUAUUACGGUAUCACAGCUGCUUUAGCGCCUCCUUUGGUCAGUCCGGUGAACUGCAGCCGCAGUCAUUCGCUUGAGUUCACUGCUGCGUCUGCAGAGAAACGCUCUCCUCUGAUCUGAUUGUUUCCUCCUCUUGUCGCACAGCUCCAGCUGUGCGCAGCAUUUUGUUGUGCGUCAGCGCAGGUUUGCAGCAGUUUGGGGUUUGGAUGUUGUUUACUGCUGUUUGAAGAACAGAAAACAUUUUUCUUUGGCUGUAAUUUUUUCUGAUCUGCGACGAUCUAUCAGAAGAAAGACUCAACGAGGUCCCGGGACUCUCUUUAGUUUGAAUUUAUCUGCGUUUCUGUCUAAAUCACCUGCAGAGGUACCUGCGUAAGUCUGAGUUCAUGCCGGACUUUGAGCAUUUCCGAUUCUCCUACUCGAGCAUGAAUCCGGUUCUCGGGGAGAGCGGCUUCCUGGCUCCGCAUCCGCAGCAUCACCACAUGACGGGUCAAAGUGACCCCGUUAUCCCGGAGCCGGGCUACUUCCUGGGUGACCACGGCGGGUUCGGGCCUGACGGGUUCGGGUUGGAUCUGGGAGCCUUUCCUCCGACGGCUCCGGCUUACCUGCACUUGAGCAGCCCCCUGCGCCGCGCGCCCCCCGCGGCCACGGCGCUGCGUAACGACCUGGGAUCCAACAUCAGCGUGCUGAAGACCCUGAACCUGCGCUUCCGCUGCUUCCUGGCCAAAGUGCACGAGCUGGAGCGCAGGAACAAGGUGCUGGAGAAGCAGCUGCAGCAGGCCUUGGAGGACAACAUCACGGGGGAGGGGGGUCACCAGAGGCCAAAGACCAAAGAUAUGGGGGUCCAGACUGGAUUUAUUGGGCCCAUCCCAGCCAUUCCGCCCCACCACACUUCACCCUUUCUUCCUGGGGGGUUUCUCUCUCCCACCCUUAACCCCCCAUCACUGUUUGACAGCAAACACCUGAAUGGAAGCACCUUCAUGGACUCCAACUACAACCUCAUCAUGCCCGGCGCGCCCAUCAACCCGGUGCAGAGUCCGGGUGAGGCCCCACGAACCAACUUUAAUGCCCCCCCUCCCAGUUCAAAAACCAACAACACCCACAAUUCAGCUCCACGCUUCCUCCCAGAAACCAUCUGGUCCUUUAACCACAAGCGCCGCUUUGGAACGGGGCGCGAACCGUGCGUAACGGGGCCCGGGUGGAUGCACCCGGAUGGGGUUGGAGUCCAGAUCGACACGAUCACACCUGAGAUCCGGGCUCUCUACAACGUGCUGUCCAAGGUGAAGAGAGAGAGGGAUGAGUACAAGAGGAGAUGGGAGGAAGAGUGCUCAGCCAGAAUGGACCUGCAGGAGAAAGUGGCAGAACUGGAGGAGGAGCUGCAGGAGAGCGAGGAGUGUCAGGAUCAGCUGACUCUCAAAGUGAAGGAGCUCAAAGCGGAUCUCGUUCUCUUCAAAGGACUCCUGAGCAACGACAUGUCUGAUCUGGACAGUAAGAUCCAGGAAAAAGCUAUGAAGGUGGACAUGGACAUCUGCAGGCGUAUCGACAUCACGGCCCGUCUCUGCGACGUGGCCCAGCAGAGGAACUGCGAAGACGUGAUCCAGAUCUUCCAGGUGCCCACGCCUCCCUCCACUCUGAGUCGCCGCACCAGGAACAGGAGCGGGCAGUCGGGGGACGGAGAUGAACCGAGCACGUCCGAGAGCGAAGGUGGCGCCUCCAAAAAGGAGGACUUGAGCAGCGCUUCAGCCAGUCAGAUCAACGAGCAGAUGCAGAGGAUGCUGAACCAGCUGAGGGAGUGUGAGUUUGAGGACGACUGCGACAGCCUGGCCUGGGAGGAAAGCGAAGAAACGCUUCUGCUGUGGGAAGAUUUUCCUGGAUGCACUUUUGGGAUGGAAACACAGGGAGAGGACGAGUCCAUCGAGAAGGUGAUAAAUGACACAGAGUCUCUGUUUCAGUCCAGAGAGAAGGAAUAUCAGGACACCAUCAACCAGAUAGAGCUGGACCUAGCCACGGCCAAGAGCGACAUGAACCGCCACCUGCACGAGUACAUGGAGAUGUGCUCCAUGAAGAGAGGCCUGGAUGUGCAGAUGGAGACCUGCAGGAGACUCAUCACGCAGAGCGGAGACAGGAAGUCCUCGUCUCUCGUCACACUAGCGGAUGAUUCUGACUGCGAGGAGAAGGAGAGGAAGAAGCCAGCUCUGACUGCCAACCCAGAGGGCGGCGGCGGCGAUUACUGCUGCAACAUCAACGCUGCCAUCCCUCCGGUGUCCUGGAGGAAACCCUGACACACAAACACGCAGCGGGGUGAUGUCAUUCACCAAUCAGAACGCUGAACUUGAUGUCAACAUUUAAGUUAAGCUGAGAAAUUCUUGCAAAAAUGCUGCAUCUGUGAAAUGCUGCCCUCUUGUGGUCAUCAGCUGGAACUUCACUGCAGGGCAAAGAAAAUAUUUAUUUUGAAACGUGUUCGUGUGAAUUUGUAAAUAGGAUGGAUUGUAGUUUUCACACUGAUCUUUCUGUUUAGUGCAGAAAAUGAUCAUUUGCACAGUUUUUUGCAAAUCUAAGGCAGGACGGCAUAAAGAAAGCACUUUAUAUGGAAACUCCUUUAUUUAUUUAUUUUAUUUUGCUUAGCUAAACUUGCCUUAAACAAUGUACUCAACAUUUUUUAGCUGAAUCUAAGUUUAUUUGAAAUAGAAAAUUAUGAAAUUAGCUAUUUUAUUACAGCAAAAGUGAAUUAUUUUAUACAUUUAUUUAAAAAAAAGCGUUCAUUUAUUCUCUCCAAAUAUUCUUACAGGUCUUUUGUUUUUUAUCAUUUUACUCGUUUACAUCUAGAUCUAUAUAAAUGAACAUAAUCAACUGCAGAAAUGUUUACGUUUUAUAGGGAAAGUAAACAACUUAGGUUUAUAAAAGCCACUUCUGUUUAGUUUAAAUUUGAUUUUAAGCGAUGAUUUUAAGAGUGAAAAAUAAGUAGAAUGGUUGGACACAAAUGUGUUAGACUACAAAGAAAUAAUAUAUUAAACAAUUUACUGCAAAAAAAUACUUUAAGUUUCUGACUAACUAGAAUGUUAAGUGCAAUUUUUAGGCAUUAAAUGAGUCAUAUUUUUUUUUCAGACUUUAGUUAGCCUCUUCCUAAACUUCACUUUAUAGUAAGGCUGUUUGAAGAGAAACGUUUGCUGAAAACCAAAUAAAAUCAAGAGAAGCUCUACGCUAUGCUUGUAAAGAGUAUUUUUCCAACUUAUCAGAAGGAUGACUUACAAUUUUCUAAAAAUAGCAGAAUAAGAUUGUGUGUCUGCCAUCCAGAAAAGAGCCGCUCUGAGCUGCAAACUGAAGUCUUACUCGAAAAUCAAAAUCACAAAAUAUCAAUAACUUGAGGAUUGUCACUUUGUUGAGAUCUCAAAAUGCAACCAGAAAAGUGCUGAAGGUUUUAGGGAUGGAGGAGGGCAGUGAUAGAAUAAAUACAUGAUUUUUGGUAGCAAAAACAAGAUUAAAACGUGUUGCCAAUGUGAAGUAGGUUGAAACCACCUGAAGACACAGAUUUCAUGUAAUUUCUUGUAAAACAUUUGUCAGAAAAAAUAAGGCCUCUUCAGUAACAGCAAUUUAUUUUUAAAGCAGACCUGUUGCUAUUUAUAAAAGGUAUAUUUAUUUUUAUUUACACAGAAUAUAGUGAAUAAAAACUCAAGAAAGGCAAUAGCUUCUAAAAUCUGUUUUUACUAAAAUGAGAAAAUUAGGAGUACCUAAUGUUUAUUUAUUUAUUUUCAUUACUGCAUUUGAUUUUGUCUGUGUUUAAAGUAAAUGUGCUGUCACUUUAUCCACUUUAAUUUGCCUUUUUUUUUAAUUAUAGAGCAUGAAAAGCUAAAUAUCUCGUUUAUUGUAUAUUAUAACGCUAUGUUUUGAUCAAAUCUGUUAGAGCUGCAGUGGAUUUACUAGAGGUUAAUGGUGUGCUUUCCAAAGCUUCAUCCCAUUUUUGAAUGUUUGAAGUUCAAACAAUCACUUCUGCAUUUACAUCUGUGUCACGAUCAGACGCUGCACCACAGCUUCAUCACAUGACAGUAACAUCACAGAAAAAGUCCAAAAACCUUCAUUCUGUGUUCAUCUGUGAAACCUAAAAUGUCUGUUUGUUCUCUAAAAUAUCAAAUGACUCAAAGUGCUUUAUAUUAAAAUAAAUAUAUGUAUUGACAUUUUUUUCUUGAAAUAAGCUACAUUAUUGAUCCCAGUCGUGGAGGUUGAGUUUUCAACAAGAAAAACUGGGACUUUAGUGCUUUAGAAACUGGUGGAUUGUUGUUUUCAUUUGUGUUUGAUCUGAAUCUGUGAAAAUGUGAGAAUAAACUUAUGAAACAUUUCA